UGUUAUGUGAGUUAUUACUUAUUGACUAUUGAGUAUUUUAGUACAUAUUUUAGUUCGGUGCCUUCAGCUUGACCUUUCAAAUAUUAAUUUUCUCUGAGUAGUUUGUGUAUGUUGUUUUUGUGAUUCGAGGUUGAUUCUUUAACUUAAAAAAAUGUCGACGCAAAAACGUGAAAGAAGCGUCAAUUUCAGCCGAGAAGAAGUUGAUCUUUUAACUUCGCUUGUUGCUGACCAUAAAAAUAUAUUAGAAAAUAAAAAGAGUGACUCAGCCACCUGGCAGGAGAAAGAGCAGUGCUGGAAGACGCUGGAGUUAUUGUUUAAUAGGACAAGUGGGGUAAACUUUCGCAGUGCUAAAACUUUAAAAAGUAAAUACGAAGGCUUAAAGAGGGCUACAAGAAAAAAGUCUGCUUUAAUAGUUGCAGAGUCAUAUUGUACAGGAGGUGGCCCUAGUGCUGCUACUCCUCUUACCCCUAUCGAGAAAAAAGUCAAAGACAUGAUAUUUUUGUCAGUCGAAGGAAUUGAAAGUCAAUUUGACUCCGAUCGCAUUGAUAGAGAAUCUAUCCAUUCAGUUGAGGCAGAUGUUGCACAGAAGGAAGAUUCUGAUGAGGAGCAACCUCCAAACAGAAAAAUAAGUGAAUGUGAUAGUGCUACGCCCAAAAAAUUGGCAAUCGAAAAGUGGACGAACUGGAAGCCGAAAUAUCUACGUUCCAAAAAACAUCCUGCUUUAUCUGCUGUGAAGAUGAAAAGGCCAUUCGAAAAAGUUUCUGACUCAAAAUUAGAGAUCGCGGAUCUGCAGAAGAAGAUUCUGGACGAAGAACUUCUAAAUAAGAGAAAGCAAUGGGCAUUUGAAGAGGAAGAAAGAGAGCAUAAAAGAGAAUUAUGGGCCAUAGAAAAAAGUAUAUUGUUAAAUAAAUUAGAAAAAUAAUAGAUUUUGAGCCUGGAGCGAGGAUGU